AUGAAUGGCUACGGGGAUCAGAGGACCGCACUGGGCAACCAGCAGAGCAUCCCGCAGCAGCCCGUUGCGGGCGCUCCGGCGCCUCCCGGCGCGUCGAGCAUCGAGACGCAGCUUCAACAGUUGCAACUGUGGGAGGAGAUGCGGGAGCUCGGCCUCCUGGGGCAGCCCGCAGGGCAGGCAGCGCUGCCGAACCGGAGCCGACGCGCUGGCUACUACGGGCGCAUGCCGGUUGAUCCGUCGAAGGGUGUCGAGGUCUGCUUCGACUUCUGCAAGGGAAUGUGCAAGCGCGGCCCGUCGUGCCGCUACUCCCACGACCUGGCGGUCAUGGUCCAGCAGCGCAUGAGCUCCUCGCAGCCGCAGUGCCGCGACUUCCUCAACGGGCGCUGCUCCCGCGGGAUCCUCUGCAAGUACUCCCACGCGCCCAGGGCGCCCGCGGUGGGCCAGGCCGCCAGCGCGUCGCCCCCGGGCCCGCUCGUGGGCGGGCGCCUCGCGCUCCCGCCCCAGGCCGUCCAGGGGCGUCCUGUCCUCGGCAACGUGCCCGCGCAGCCGGCGCCCCACGGCGUGGUCAACCCGCUCAUGGAGCCCUCGUUCGCCGCGGGCCUCAACUUCCUGCUCCAGGGCAACGCCCGCGUCCCCGCCAGCGCGACGAGCGCGGGGCUGGACGCCGAGCUCCUCGCGGCGCAGAUCGGCGCGCUCGGCCUCGGCGGGCACGGCCGCGAGCAGCGCCACGCGCACGCGCACCACGCCGACCCGUCGCGCCGCGUGCCGGCCUCGGCCGCGCCGUGGCCGAGCUCGCUGCCGUCCAUGCCGCACGGGGCCGUCGCGCCCGUGCCGGCGGGCCUCCCGGACAUCCCGGACGCGCCGUCGCCGUGGGCGUCGGGCGUGGAGGGCGCCGACCAGCAGCGCCUGCUCGCGGAGCAGAUCAGCAUGUUGCACGCCAUGUACGGCGGCGGGAGCCUGCCGGGCGACCAGUGGGCGGCGGCGGCGGGCGCGGCGGUCGCGGGCGGGCCGAACGCCCCGACGGACUCGUACUCGGUGUCGGACCGGACGGGCGGCAACGACACGCCGUCGGGCGGCGACGGGUCGCAGGGCACGGCGCGGUCGCGCGGGAGCGCCAAGGGCCCCGGGGGCGCGUCGAGCGGGAACAACUCGGGGGACUCGGGCCAGGACACGGGCAGCGGCGACAGCAGCAACAACCCGAGCGGGAACGAGUACAACGGCGACAAGGACGACGGCGCCGCGAUGUUCCACGGGCAGAGCUCGCCGCUGCUGCGCAUGAUCGCGGCGCACAUGGAGGCGACGGCCGGGCAGGGCGGGACGGGCGCCCCCGCGACGCACGGCAACGGGAAGCCCGCCGUGCCGCACUCGCAGGCGGGCUCCUGA